GGUGCAUAAAGAAUUAAUACAUUUAAUGUUUCAUUAAAAUUGAAUGGACCAAUCACCGGCCACAUAAACAUCAGCUACUGAAUUCUACAAUGGAGGUGUAAUCACAAAAUAGAUAAAUGGUGUACAUAUCGGCCGGCGAGUGUAAUUGUUAAGCGUUAUCACAUAAUUUUCUUGAUUGAGUACUUUGUUGUUGUCAUAAUAAUACGUUUAUAUUUUUCUACUUUUCUAUGAGUAUGUAGUCGCAAAUAAAAUAAAAAUAUACAAAUUUCAACUUGUAAAUUAGCCUCAAGAGCUGUACUUUUGUCGUCAGAUUUGUUUCACACGGCGUCAACACAAUCAUGAACAACGAUAAGUAUCUGAAGAUGUAUACAAAAUUUAAGAAAAGCUACAAAAAUCCGUCUGAAAUGAAGUGCGAAAUAAUAUACGCUCUCCGUGAGUGCCGAGACAGAUAUUUAUUGCACAGUAGUGUAAUGUUAUCUGAAAUGUUAUUAGCUCUCCAAACUGUUCCACCGUAUUUUACUGACGAUGACACGGGACUCGUUGUCGAUACAAUAACGUACCAUGAUAUCGAUCAGUUUGAUAAUAUGGAAGAAUAUAUUAUAUUUCGAAAAGCCUGUUCUUACUAUGAAGCUGAAGAAUAUCUAGCAUGUGCUCAUAUAACUGAAAAAAUGAAAAACCCCGAAGCCAUGUUCUUACACUAUAUGUCAAGAUAUUUACAUGCAUACAAUCGUUUGAUAUACGAACGUACUAGUUUAUUUGAGGAUCCCAAACCUUUGGAACUACAAACUUCUUACAAGUUGCUGCUAGAAGAACUUUUAAUUUUAACAGUUCAUGGUCGUGAAGAAGAUAUCGUAAAAUCUGAUAAUGAUGACAAUUUUGAAAAAAAAUUAGAUGAUAUCAUACCAAAGUUGGCUUCAUUAGAUAGCGUUGGCCGCCGUAAAUGUACAAAAAAAGUCAGUGAAACACCAGCAAAUAAAAAACCAUUGACUAGAACUACUGGAAAAGUGUGUAAGGACCCGUACUUGUUUUGGCUUACUGCGGUAAUAUUGAAAAAGUUAGAUCGAAACAUCGAAGCUAAAAAACUACUAAUCAAAGCAUUAGAGAUACAACCUUGCCAUUGGGCUGCUUGGCUUGAGCUUUCCACUCUUAUUAAAGACGUAACAGUGUUUGAAGAAUUAGAACUAAAAAAUCACCCUCGUCAUUGGAUGCAAUUUAUUUGUAUGGCACAAGUGUACUUGGAUUUUCAGAUGACUGACAAAGCCAUACGAUUGUAUAAUGACAUUUUACAACAUGGCCAUGAAGCAUUUCAAAAAUGGACGUAUUUACGUGGCCAGCUAGCUGUUGCUUACCAUAACAAAAGAGAUAUAUCCAAAUCCGUGAAAGAGUAUAUAAAAGUACUUCAUAUGGAUCCUUUCAAAUUAGAUAAUUUAGAAUUAUUGUCUAAUUUAAUGUAUGUGUGUGAUCUUCACGAUCAACUCGUUAUGUUGUGUUUACAUGCAACUCAUAUUGACCGUUAUCGCCAAGAAACGCUGUGCAUUCUCGGAAACAAAUAUAGUUUGAAAUGUGACCAUGGCAAAGCAGUUUUCUAUUUUAAAAGAGCUCUAAGACUGAAUCCAUCAAAUGUAACUGCUUGGACCCUAUUAGGACAUGAAUAUAUUGAGAUGAAAAAUUCUUAUGCUGCUAUAGCGUCUUAUCGUCAAGCGUUGAAAAUUAAUGUAAGAGACUACAGAGCUUGGUAUGGAUUGGGACAAAUUUAUGAACUUGUGAAGUUGCCUCAUUAUGCGAUGUACUAUUUUAAGAGAGCCAAUAAACUGAGACCUCAUGAUCCUCUUAUGCACAUUGCUCUGGGCGAAAUUUACGAACGCAGCGAUCAAAUAUACGAGGCUUUGAUAUGUUUUUAUCGAGCACUCCUCUAUGACCCAGAAGGAGCAGUGCUGCUUAAACUAUCAAGAUUAUACGAAAGAUACAACGAUAGUAGUGUCAAUUACAUUAUUCGGGAUAAUUUUAUUAUCAUCAAUAAAAACGCUUUCAAAGUUGCAUGUAGAGUGAAAAAAGAAGUCACUAACAAGUUUGUAGAAUUAGCUUUAGGGAAAAUAUACUUAUACUUGGGAUAUUUUUACUUGGAACAACAUAAUUAUGAACGAGCUGCGAGUAUGAUUGAGAGACACGAAACUCGCAAUCCAGAACACAAACAUCAUAACUGUGAGCUUCAAGCUCAAAUCAACACGUUGCUACGAGAACUUGAAUCAAAAAUGGGCCAAUCAACUAGUACUUCAUCAGGAGCACGCAGAUUCUUGUUUGGAUAGCAUUAAAUUACAUUAACGUCAAGUGUAAAUUGUAUAAUUUCAGUAUCUGGUUGAACAGAUUAUUCCUAUGUACAAUAUUAGUUAUACAUUAAAUUCGGCUAUCAUGGAAUACCUGAUUUUAAUUGAGUGCUUGAAGUUCUGAGAUCUAGUCUGGUAUAAUAGAAUAAUUUAAAAUAAGAUAUUUAAAGUUAAGUCUGUAAUAGUUUGUCUUAGGAGUGGUUGUAUGGAGAAGGUCCGAAACGAAAGAGGGUAAGAACAAAUGAUUGAGUUAUAAAAUAUACAUAAGUAAUUAGUCUUGACUAUAAGUGACAAUGAAAGUAUGUAGUUAGUAAGUUGAAAUGUGACCCACAAAAGUGUUGAGCAAAAUAUUUGAUAGAAAUUUAAUAUAUAUGGUAAAUAAAUGUAUAAGGUUGCAUAUCGUACUUUAUAGGAUAGGAUACUUUAUCAGGACGAUGUUUGGUGACAAAGGAAGUUUGGUCGGCUUUAAUAGAUAGUUAGAUGAUAUUAUUUAUUCAGCAAAACUUCAUUGGUCUCAUAGCGGUAUGAAUUGAUUUCACAUAAAUUACAUUUUGUAUUUAUUGUAAACCGUUAAUUUUGUAUGUAUUUUUUAAUAUUAGACAAUUUUAAUUAACUAUAAAGUACUGAUUAUUAAUUAUUUAUUUUA